ACCACGGGCCACGGACUUGGAUUUUCCGCUCGUGUGAAAAUAUUCGCACGCUCACUACGUUUCGGUUCGCCACCAAAGGCAGUUGCUCCUCAACUUUUCCCGUCUCGUGGGUGUAGUGCAGUGUAGUCCCAAUAAGACCAAUCAGAAUAAGUCAUCGGUAGAAAAAUGGCGUUUAAGGCCUAAUAAAAACACGACGAGAACUAAAACUGAAAAUCAAUAAACACAAAAGCCAGCCAGAAGAACGUAACAAGCAGCAGCAACAAUCAACCAUCAACCAAAUGCGGCAACAACAAGUGAGCAAGUUAAAGAACCUUUGCGAUUUGUAAACGCUGCGAAAUACCCGUCGAGCUACAAAAAAAAAACAGCAACAGAACAAAAAGAACAUUUAAUACAACGCAAGGAGGCAGCAACAAUGUCGGAGGGCAGCGAUAACAACGGGGAUACCCAGCAGCAGGGGGCGGAGGGCGAGGCGGUGGGCGAGAACAAAAUGAAGUCCCGCCUUCGCAAGGGAGCCCUGAAGAAGAAGAACGUCUUCAAUGUCAAGGAUCACUGCUUCAUCGCCCGGUUCUUCAAGCAGCCCACGUUCUGUUCCCACUGCAAGGACUUUAUCUGGGGCUUUGGAAAGCAAGGAUUUCAGUGCCAAGUCUGCUCCUACGUGGUGCACAAGCGGUGCCACGAAUAUGUCACCUUCAUCUGCCCCGGCAAGGAUAAAGGCAUCGAUUCGGACUCACCAAAAACUCAACACAAUUUCGAGCCAUUCACAUACGCAGGACCCACGUUCUGCGAUCAUUGUGGUUCCCUGCUGUAUGGCAUUUACCACCAGGGUCUCAAAUGCUCAGCAUGUGACAUGAACGUGCAUGCCCGCUGCAAGGAGAACGUGCCCAGUCUUUGCGGAUGCGAUCACACGGAGCGACGGGGUCGCAUUUAUCUGGAGAUCAAUGUCAAGGAGAAUCUGCUAACUGUCCAGAUCAAGGAGGGUCGCAAUCUCAUACCCAUGGACCCCAACGGACUCAGCGAUCCGUAUGUGAAGGUGAAGCUAAUCCCAGACGACAAGGAUCAGUCGAAGAAGAAGACUCGCACCAUCAAGGCAUGCCUGAAUCCUGUCUGGAACGAGACCCUCAGCUAUGAUCUGAAGCCCGAGGACAAGGAUCGACGAAUCCUGAUCGAGGUGUGGGACUGGGAUCGCACCUCACGCAAUGACUUCAUGGGCGCCUUGUCCUUCGGCAUCUCGGAGAUCAUCAAGAACCCGACCAACGGCUGGUUCAAGCUGCUCACCCAGGACGAGGGCGAGUACUACAAUGUGCCAUGUGCGGAUGACGAACAGGAUCUGUUGAAGCUCAAGCAGAAGCCGUCGCAGAAGAAGCCCAUGGUGAUGCGCAGCGACACGAACACGCAUACGUCGUCCAAAAAGGACAUGAUUCGGGCCACGGACUUUAAUUUCAUCAAGGUUCUGGGCAAAGGAUCGUUUGGCAAGGUUUUGCUAGCCGAGCGCAAGGGCAGCGAGGAGUUGUAUGCCAUUAAGAUACUCAAAAAGGAUGUGAUUAUCCAGGACGACGACGUCGAGUGCACCAUGAUUGAGAAGCGUGUUUUGGCGCUGGGUGAGAAGCCACCAUUCCUGGUGCAAUUGCACUCCUGCUUUCAGACAAUGGACCGAUUGUUCUUUGUGAUGGAGUACGUAAAUGGAGGCGAUUUGAUGUUCCAAAUCCAACAAUUUGGCAAGUUUAAGGAGCCAGUGGCUGUAUUUUAUGCUGCUGAAAUAGCUGCAGGACUUUUCUUCCUACAUACCAAGGGUAUACUGUAUCGGGAUCUGAAGCUGGACAAUGUCCUCUUGGAUGCAGAUGGACAUGUGAAGAUUGCCGACUUUGGCAUGUGCAAGGAGAAUAUAAUGGGUGACAAGACCACAAAGACAUUUUGCGGUACCCCCGAUUAUAUAGCUCCCGAGAUUAUUCUUUAUCAACCCUAUGGCAAAUCGGUGGACUGGUGGGCCUAUGGAGUUCUGCUCUACGAAAUGCUAGUGGGUCAGCCACCAUUCGAUGGCGAGGAUGAGGAGGAGCUGUUUGCCGCCAUAACUGAUCAUAAUGUGUCCUAUCCAAAGAGCCUGAGCAAGGAGGCCAAAGAGGCCUGCAAGGGCUUCCUAACCAAGCAGCCAAACAAGCGAUUGGGUUGUGGUUCCUCUGGCGAGGAGGAUGUGCGCCUGCAUCCCUUUUUCCGACGCAUCGAUUGGGAGAAAAUAGAAAAUCGCGAAGUGCAGCCACCAUUCAAGCCGAAGAUCAAACACCGCAAGGAUGUGUCCAACUUUGACAAGCAGUUCACAUCAGAGAAAACAGACUUGACGCCCACGGACAAGGUGUUUAUGAUGAACCUGGAUCAAUCGGAAUUCGUCGGCUUCUCCUACAUGAAUACCGAAUACGUUUUUGCCCCAUAGAUUCAAUCCGAUCCGAUUCGAUCUAGUUUCCAUGCUGCGAGUUGUGUCCCAUUAGUCUAUUUUGAUAUUGAUCGCUAAAAAGACAUCUUGUUUAUCUCUGUUAAGUUUUCUGUUUGAUUUUCGACCAUUAUGUGUAUCUAUAUUUAUUGAAUUGUUAAGUUUUGAGUUAAUUUUAAGUGCUAGAAACUGUGAAACAGAGCUUUAGUUGUGGAAUUUUCGAAUACUGUUCAAGAGCACGUCCUCACUUAAAGCCAAAUGAAAAGAAAGCAAUAAAAAUGAACAUUUCAAAUA